AGAACGCCUUUCCCUUCCGAAAGACAAGACUCCGACCCCUAAGAUGGCCGCGAUCGCUUCCGGCUCCUCCCCCCGCCGCCGGCCCUGCCCAACGUGAGCCUUGGCCCGGAAGUGGAAGUAGUAACUGAGGUCAGGGGGCGGUGCUGCUGCUUAGAGACGGCGGGAGCCCCUUCGCCAUGGCUGCCGGACCGAUCUCCGAACGGAAUCAGGAUGCCACGGUGUACGUGGGCGGUCUGGACGAGAAAGUGAGUGAGCCGCUGCUGUGGGAGCUCUUUCUCCAGGCAGGGCCAGUGGUCAACACCCACAUGCCAAAGGACAGAGUCACUGGCCAGCACCAGGGCUAUGGCUUUGUUGAAUUCCUGAGCGAGGAAGAUGCCGACUAUGCCAUUAAGAUUAUGAACAUGAUCAAACUCUAUGGAAAGCCAAUACGGGUGAACAAGGCCUCAGCUCACAACAAAAACCUGGAUGUGGGAGCCAACAUUUUCAUCGGAAAUCUGGACCCAGAAAUUGAUGAAAAGCUGCUUUACGAUACUUUCAGCGCCUUUGGAGUCAUCCUACAGACCCCCAAGAUCAUGCGGGACCCUGACACAGGCAACUCCAAGGGCUACGCCUUCAUUAAUUUUGCUUCCUUCGAUGCUUCGGAUGCAGCAAUUGAGGCCAUGAAUGGGCAGUACCUGUGUAACCGUCCUAUCACUGUGUCUUAUGCCUUCAAGAAGGACUCUAAGGGUGAACGCCAUGGCUCAGCAGCUGAACGACUCCUGGCAGCCCAGAACCCGCUGUCCCAGGCUGACCGCCCUCACCAGCUGUUUGCCGAUGCGCCCCCUCCGCCCUCUGCCCCCAAUCCCGUGGUUUCAUCCCUGGGUUCUGGGCUUCCUCCACCAGGCAUGCCGCCUCCUGGCUCUUUCCCACCUCCAGUGCCACCUCCUGGGGCCCUCCCUCCUGGGAUUACCCCAGCCAUGCCCCCACCACCUAUGCCACCUGGGGCUGGAGGACAUGGUCCUCCAGCAGCAGGGACUCCAGGGGCUGGACAUCCUGGUCACGGACAUUCACAUCCUCACCCAUUCCCACCAGGUGGGAUGCCCCAUCCAGGGAUGUCCCAGAUGCAGCUGGCCCACCAUGGCCCCCAUGGCCUAGGACACCCCCAUGCUGGGCCUCCCGGCUCUGGGGGGCAGCCACCACCUCGGCCACCUCCUGGAAUGCCUCAUCCUGGACCUCCUCCAAUGGGCAUGCCCCCCCGGGGGCCUCCUUUUGGAUCUCCCAUGGGUCACCCAGGUCCCAUGCCUCCACACGGCAUGCGUGGGCCUCCUCCAUUGAUGCCCCCUCAUGGAUACACAGGUCCUCCAAGACCCCCUCCCUAUGGCUACCAGCGGGGGCCCCUCCCACCACCCAGACCCACUCCACGGCCCCCAGUUCCACCUCGUGGUCCGCUUCGGGGCCCACUUCCUCAGUAAAUUGCCAUCCUUUGUCUCCUUUUAUCCUCCCUGUAUCUUCAUUUCUUGGACCAAUCAGAGAUGCUGUAGCUUGUCAAGGCUAAUGUACUGACCCUUCUCAGUAACUCUGUCCCCAUUCCAAUGUCAUGUUUUCCACUGGGGAUUUUUCUUCAUUUUUAUUUUAAAAUGUUGGUCCUAAUUUCUUUACAUGUGUAUAGAAAAAUAAAACUAUGCUUCUUGUUU